UUACAAUGAAAGAAUAAUAUAUAUAAAAAUUUGAUAGAGAGAGAGAGCUCAGAAAGAAAUAGAGGAUAAUAGAACGGUUGAAUGGAGAAAUAGAUGCUGCAACAAGGAACGAAUGGAAAGAAAUAUGCAUAAAAUGGGGCGUGUGUGGCUGAGAUAGAAAGAGAAAAUGGAGCACAAGAUUACUCCAUUUCUGCAUAUAUUGCUACCCGGCCUUUACAGCCCUCUUACAGGGUAUUGGGUACAAUAAAACAAAUUGUUGUUGCUCGCGUAAUGCGUGCCUGGGGCAAUUACAGGCUUCGCCUGGCAGCCAGACGAGGGCAUCUUCAGCGCUAGUGGCGACAGUUUUCCUUAGACAGCAAUGGCAAGAAGUUGGCUUCCAUUUCUUUUUCUGCUGCUGCUCAGUGUGAGCGAGCCGACUGCAAAAGCAAACGUGGUAGACGAUGGCUUGAGGCUGGCAGGACAAAUGUUUGGCAUUAAUACGGCUGCAGAUGUGGCUAAUCUGGUGGCCAAGGCAUUUUCGCGGGUCUCCACGCGCAAGAGGCCAGAUUUGAUGAGCGUGCUGCAGCAGGGUAUCGAGUCCCAGCGUCAGCAGCAGUUGGAGCAGGAGGAAGAGCAGCAGCAGCAAGAAGAGKACAAUGCGGAACAGGAAACCGAGCAAGAGAAUGCACAAGAGUCGCCGCCCGUGGAUAGCGACACUCGCCGCCGACCCAUGCAGCUGAACACCGUGCAAAUGCUGACAAACAUGAUGCGCAUGAUUGGCUUCGAUCCACGCAAGCUGGGCGCACUGGCGCUCAAUGCAAUUGUGAUGAUUGCCCAAGCGAUCGGCAGCACGAUCAUGCAGGCAACUCGGGGCGGUAGCGGCAACAAUUCAAACACUGGACCCGAGGCGCUCUUCGAGCCCAACGAGCAUCAGCCGCGCUCUCUGUCGCCCGGCAGCCCCAUCGAUUGGUUUCUGAAACGUCCGGGCGCCCAUACCCAGCGUAUGCUGCGUCGCAUCAUGGACCGCCAGCUGCCCGAGCACAUUGUCGACAUGAUUGAGGCCAAGGAGACGGCGGAUGGCAACGAAGCUGCCUGCCUAAAGCUGCUCAUGUGCAAGAGCUCGCCCAUCAUUUGGGGCAUGCAGAACUCGCUGGAGAAGCGCUUGGCUGGCGAGCAGGAGGAGUACGACGACCAGAGCUACAUGAAUGCGAAUGCAUUCUUCAAAUAUAUGCCCAGCCUGGAUGAGUUCAGGCAGCACGGCGAGAGCUGUGAGUCGCGCUUUGCCAAACAUUGUCCACGCAAUGGCACAUUGAAGACGGCCUAAGAAAUACCAAAUAUUUUAUUCUAGAUUGAUGCAAUCGAAAUUUCCCAAUGUUUUUGUUUUUUACUUAGUUUUAGUUUACGUUUAGUUGCCGUCAAUAAAUCAAUAAUUUGUUUUAUAAUUAAAUGCAACCUUUGUGUCUGGGCGAUAAGCGCCGUCUCUAGGGUAGAUCUAAUGUUCCAUGAAACGACCUCUAAAAUAUUAGAUUAUAUGAUCUGUCUGUGGCUUACAUGUAAUAUACCUGACUUUGUCAACCUUCCGACUUUGCUUUGGAUUAGACGCUAUCGCCACGAUAAGCAUCACCCAAUAACUCAGCGUUUGUUCAUUAAAAUUAUCUACAAAUGGGUUAACUACUAAGUACCCACGUCCUACACUGGGUUGAACACCCCCAAACGGUAUUGUCAUCAUGACGAAAUAAUUAUUUUUGCGUAGUAAUAA